UCAUUCAUUCAAUACCGCAACUUUUGUCUGUGUUUUUGCUGCUUUUUUGUCCACGUUAGUUCAUUCUGUGGAGUCUGUCGUUAGAUUUGAAUCUGCUGUGUUGAGUAACUUUCCUCUCAGAAAUUCGGGAAGUAACAGUAAAAGAAUGCAAAGUUGGUAAGAAAAGAGUUCUCGGAAAAGAAAGAAAAAAGGAAGUCAGAAAGUGACAAAACAGUUUCUUAACUUAUGUCACAACCUUUCUGUCCGUCAGUCAGUUAGUGCUCGGCUCACUCUUCUGUCAGGAGUCCCAACCUGAAGAGACUGAAGUAAGGAUGGCAGUUUGGGACAAAAAGAUUCUCUGGGCCGUCAUGGUGGUCCUGACAGGAGCUCUGGGUCAAAGAGUGAACUAUCCAGAUCCUGUUUGUGGUAUAAAAGGAUCGACCAUCACCCUCCCCUGCUCCUUCACACCACUGGAGUCUGUUGAUGACAAUGGAAGAGAAGUUUUGAUCGAGAUCAUCAGAGUCGUCUGGUGCAAGAACCAUGAAAUCUGUCAGAGAGAGACUCCGUCUGUGUACGACAGUGAAUCAAACAACAACAACCCUCGUUACAGAUACCUGGGAGACAAGAAGGGAGACUGCACUUUACAGAUCUCAGAUCUACAGAAGGGAGACGACGCAACCUUUCGCUUCAGAAUGGAAGCUAAUCAUGUCAGAGCAUCUUUUACUGGCCAAUCAGGAGUGAGAGUCAGAGUCAUAGGAGCUCUGGGUCAAAGAGUGAACUAUCCAGAUCCUGUUUGUGGUAUAAAAGGAUCGACCAUCACCCUCCCCUGCUCCUUCACACCACCAAAGUCUGUUGAUGGCAAUGGAAGAGAAGUUUUGAUCGAGAUCAUCAGAGUCGUCUGGUGCAAGAACCACGAAACCUGUAAGAUUAUCUUUACGUUUGUGUACGACAGCGAAUCAAACAACAACAACCCUCGUUACAGAUACCUGGGAGACAAGAAGGGAGACUGCACUUUACAGAUCUCAGAUCUACAGAAGGAAGACGAGGCAACCUUUCGCUUCAGAAUGGAAGCUAAUGAUUACAGAGCAUCUUAUACUGGCCAAUCAGGAGUGAGAGUCACAGUCAAAGAUGGUGCUCAGAUGAAGAUAAGAAGCUCCAGAGAUGACGGAGAGUUUAAAAGAGGAGAAGAAGUCACACUGAACUGCACCACAAUCUGCUCUAUCCACCAACUGGAGGUCAGCUGGUUCAGAGAUGGCUCCGCCCUCUCAGAGUCUGGCCCCGCCCUCCAUCUCAGCAAUCUGACUGCAAAGGAUUCUGGGAACUACACCUGUGGUUUGAAGAAGAACAAGCGCACCCUCUCAGUGCCGUACAGCCUGCAUGUGGAGGCUGACGAGGAAGGAGGAGGUCUGCCUUUGAUCGUUGGUCUGGUGGUCGGGGUCCUGCUGGUUCUCUUUGCUGUUGUUCUGGUCGUCUGCAUCAUCAAAAGGAAGAGAGCAGCAGGUCGGGAUCAGACAGCCGUGGGACGGGACGAGGAACAAAAGCACUCUGAUAACAUCUACAGCAAUAACUUAUUGCCGCUUGCUGAGCAGCAGGGACCCAGCAGCGCUGUGGAGGAAGUCAGCUACGCCUCGGUCCAGUUCAAACACAAGAAGCAGACCAGACCGGAGGAGGAGGUAGAGGACUCCAUCAUCUACAGUGCUGUAGCCAGAACAGGUUGAAGAUGAACCACACAAUGAUGGCAGAUAAACUUUUUUUAAAUUUUAAAUUUUAAAAAAAUAACUUCGGAAAAAGCCCAGUUUUUAUUAUUG